AUGAUGGCUAGAAACACAUGGCACAUUCUGCACUGUUUGGCGUGCAUUUGGUUCCUUACGUUGGGGAUCACCAUCAGCGAGGGAAAAGAUUUGCCUAGCAGUUUCGAAAAGUGCCAUCGAAGCGAUCCGCAGUUUGAUCAGUGUCUAAGGAGUGCGGUUAAUGGAGCGAUACGGUUGCUAAAGGAUGGUUUGCCAGAGUUCGGAAUCCUGCCAUUGGAACCACUAGCGGUGGAUUCGCUCGUGAUAGAGCAGGGUGAAGCUUCAUCGCCUAUAAAGCUGAAGCAACACUUUACCAACGUACGGUUAAGCCACCUUACGGAGUCGAAUAUUCUGAAGUACCGAACUGAUCUCAAAAAACUCAUCAUCAAAGCGGAAGCAAUCACACCGCAAGUCCAGUUUGUUGGCAACUACACGAUGGACGGUCGGAUAUUGGUGCUUCCGAUCACGGGCAAGGGUGUAGCGAACAUCACACUCCAUCGGCUAAAGACUCAUCACGAACUUAUUGGUAAGCUCGUCGAACGUAACGGUGAGCAGUACAUGCACAUCCGGAAGUAUCUAGUCCACUUCGAGCCGAAGUUGGUAACGUUCCAGUUUGGCAACCUCUUCAAUGGAGAUGAACGGUUGGGAAAAACCAUGCACCAAGUGCUGAACGACAACUGGGAGGUUGUGUUUCGGGAGCUGCGCAGCUCGUACGAGGACACGUUCGGCUACAUCUUCAAAAAGAUUUCCAAUCAAAUCUUUCUUAAGGUACCGAUGAAUAAAAUUUUCCCCGAGUAG